UAUGGCCCAGGCUUGAUAUCGCCGAGGAAGGCCUCUAGUGGAAACGAUUGCUUGGAUGAGAUAGGCCAGGAAGGACUCCACGACCGCAUGAGAAUCGGGACGAUGACAAUUGGAUUCCUCAGUAGAGGAGCAACCCCUGUCCGACGAAGAAAAUGUCUCGGAAAAGCAGGAUGGCGAGCCAUACAAAUCGAUGGAUCACCAAUAAACCAGGGUACGAGUUGGCGUGCAUUGAAUAGCGAAAGACCACAUCGGCCUCGGAUUGGCCCAACGGAUCCAGAAAAAAAAGUUCAGAAAUCAUAGCAAUAAACAUCAAAACCAAAAUCAACGAUCUAUCAAUGAACGAAGGACUCAAGGGCUGCAAGAAGGACGGUCGAUACACCAGGAGCGCUAACA